AAUUGCUUCUGUCAUCGAGGAUCCGCGGCCGGCCGAUCGUGGCGCAGCGAGGACGGAGGCGACGGAGCAAGGCGGAGCACGCAGCACCAGCACGCUAUAAGCGGAGUGGAGCUGGAGCGUGUUGUUCCGAGAUCGAAAUAGAGAUUGGAGAAAUCGAGAAGGACUGUGCACGUCGGCAUGGACAAGCCACCGUACAAGUUGAGCAGCGUGCUGCUCGGUCACAGCGCGGACGUAAGAGCGGUGGCCACCUUUCUCGACGGUACCGUCGUGUCGGUCUCCCGGGACAAGACGGCACGCGUGUGGAAACCGACCGGGGAAGGUAACGAGUAUGAGCAGAGCGCAACGUUAACUGGCCACUCUGACUUCGUCAAUUCGGUAUGCGUUAUAAAUCCAUCGGAGAGAGAUCCCAAAGGUUACAUCAUCACUGGCAGCAAUGACAACACCAUUUGUGUCUAUGUGGCGGGUGAAACAGUGCCCGCUCACACCCUAACAGCACACCAGAACAAUGUGUGUAAAUUAAGGACUGGUAAGAAGGAGGGAACAUUUCUUUCGAGUUCCUGGGAUCUCACUGCCAAAUUAUGGGACAUGAAGGACUUGAGUAAACCGCAGCUAAAUCUUGCGGGUCACACUGCCGCAGUAUGGUGCAUAGCGGAUCUAGCGAGUGGCAGUAUAAUAAGUGGAUCGGCUGACAAACUGAUAAUAGUAUGGUCGAGAGAUGGUUUGGUGCAGCAUAAAUUAACAGGGCAUACCGACUGUGUGCGCGACAUUGUUGAUAUUAAGGAGGACGAGUUCCUAAGUUGUGCGAAUGAUGCCACUAUAAGGCACUGGAAUGCCAAACUUGGAACCUGUUUAGGCACUUAUUGCGGACAUGAAAAUUAUAUUUAUAGUGUAAUAGCUAUUCCAAAUGGUACAUACGUUUAUUCAUCUGGAGAAGACAGGACUAUUAGAGUAUGGUACAAUGCGGAACUAAAACAAACUAUUGUUCUGCCGACACAAUCGAUAUGGUGCAUUGAUUUGUUCUCAAACGGCGACAUAGUCGCCGGAAGUUCUGACGGAGCCGUUAGGAUAUUCUCGUCCGAUCCCGAACGUUACGCAAAUAGGGAAAUGUUAGAAGCGUUUGAGAAAGAAGUGGCAAAUACAACAUUGAAUGCACAGCAGGUGAUUGGAGACAUCAGUAUAAAGGAUUUGCCAGAUUCAAAAGUUCUCUUGCAGCCUGGUCAAAGAGAUGGCCAAACGAAGAUUGUAAACGAAGGAGAUGCAGUUAGAGCAUACAGUUGGUCGCAAAGUGAACAACGAUGGAUAAAAAUUGGUGAUGUGAUGGGCGCGUCCGGUGGUACUGCUGCCACCUCUGGAAAGCAACUUUAUAAUGGCAUAGAAUAUGAUUAUGUCUUUUCAGUUGAUAUACAAGAUGGUGUGCCACCUUUAAAACUUCCAUAUAACAAGGGUCAAGAUCCUUGGCAUGUUGCACAGAAGUUCCUUCAUGACAAUAAUCUUAGUCAAUUAUUUUUAGAUCAGGUUGCAAAUUUUAUAGUAAAGAAUUCUGAACCAGCCCCAAUUGUGAAUACCGGAUCACAAUAUGUAGAUCCUUUUACAGGAGGAAGUCGAUAUGUUCCUGGAUCAGGAACAUCGUCUAGCGCGCCCGAAGUUAAUGUACAAUCGUUCAAUUCGACAUUUAGUUCUUCCAACACAUUAGCAUCUCCCUCCUAUAUACCUCAUUCGAGGUAUUUAAAGUUAGAACAAGCAAAUUUAUCUGCUAUUUUUGAAAAAUUGCACGAGUUGAAUGCUAAACAAGAAAGUAUGUAUAAAAUACCAGAAGAAAAGCUCGAGGCGAUACAAAAUCUUAUGAGUAAUCAAGUGUCUGAAGAAUUUAGAACCAGUGCUAUCAGUGCACUUAAGAGUUUUUUAGAUUGGCCAAACGACACGGUAUUCCCAGCUCUCGAUAUAGCGAGACUCGCUGUGCUUCACAAGGAAAUAAACGAUCAACUGUGUACGGAAGAAUUGCUACCAGUCAUACGAAGGCAUAUCAAAUCCGACGCAACUUCGUCGAAUCAAAUGCUCACCUUCCGUCUGUUAGCCAAUAUGUUCCACCACGAAAAGGGAGAGAAACUCUGUCUAGAUUACAGAGAUGAGAUACUCAAGUCUUUAUUGGAUCUACAGUCUCUUGGAAAUAAAAAUAAUCAGGUUGCAAUAUCAACAUAUAUAUUGAAUUUAAUCGUAGCGUUAAGUAAACAUAAUGACACACCUGGUAGAACGAGAGCCCUAAAUGUUUUAUUUACCGUAUUACCGCGUUUGAAUGAACCCGAAGCAAUGUUUAGAGCUCUAGUUGGACUAGGAACAUUAUUGGCCGCUACAUCAGAUCCCAAUGAUCGUAAUGAAUUAAUUAACGCUGUGCGACAAUCCGAAACUGCUUUGAAUAUUCUUAGAACUUUAUCAGAAAGUACAAUCGACCGUAGUACAUCAAGCAAAGUAGUAAACUGUUCCAAACAGAUUAUCGAUUUGAUUAUCUAAUACGUUUAUGAGCUGUGGGAUACGUUGCUCAUAAGAUUUAUAAAAAUAAGUUAAUUAAAUGAAGAGAUUGAAACAAUAAUUAUGGCAAUGGUAUUAAUUAUGACAAAUAUAAAAUAAGAAAAAGUUUGUGAUGCACUAAUAUAAACUAAUGUAAACGCGAUUAAAAACCCAAGAUAAAAUAAGUUUGCACGUGUAUCCAUGUUUUGCAGCUCGGUUGCUCAAUCGUAAAAAAUAAAUACACUUUUUUAUGCAAUUAA